ACCAUCCUUCGUUGACCUUUUCAGGUUUCUAUCCUCAUAUAUUCUUCGAUGGGAUCUCCCAUUUUUCGUCGUUACCUCAAUCGUCAUUUCAUCCGCACGUUGAAACGAAGCUAUUCAACCGCAGCACAUCCCGAUAACAUCCCAACACCUGGAGGACUCCCACCUUUAAUCCGGGGAACUCAAGAUGCGCCAUCCAGCGGCGCUCUUACAAACAAACCAUCCCUAGAAGACUACUGUUUCUACCGCGACACUCUGCCUCCCAAACCUUCCCAGCUUGAAUACGCAGAUCAUUUCUUCGCCGCAUCGAAGCACUCCCCCGUUUAUCUCUGGGGAAGCAGUCUAUUCCGAACCAUUCCCGUCUCCUCUAUUCCCGAAAUCGCAUUUAUUGGCCGGUCUAAUGUUGGCAAAAGUUCAAUCAUAAAUGGCCUUGUUGGUGAAGAUAUCUGCGCCUCGUCGAGUAAGCCCGGCCGGACGAAAUUGAUGGCGUCUAUCGGUGUCGGUGGCACAAAAGGAGGCGGAUCAAAGAUAGCGCUUGUGGAUACUCCGGGAUAUGGAAAGGGGAGUCAUACCGAAUGGGGGCAAGAGAUUCAAAAAUAUCUGGAGAAGAGAAAGCAACUUCGACGUAUCUUCCUUCUCAUCGACGCAGGGGUCGGGCUGAAAACCCGUGAUCACCAAGUGCUGAAUUUCCUCCGUCGUUUUGCAAUCCCUUACCAACUAGUUCUUACAAAACUCGAUCACGCUCUCUCCUUCAACGGCCAUAAAAAUAAAACCAAACCGAAUGACUCUCGCUCAGAUCUCAUUCGGUUUUCUCAAACCGUUCAAGAUAUCCUCUCAUCCGCCCAACCUGUUAACCCAAUUUUAGACGGUCCGGGGCCGUUGAAUGACGUGAUCGCAUGCAGCGUGCAAAUGCAAAGUAAGAAACAAAAGAAAUCAGUAGCAGGUCUUAGAUCUCUUCGGUGGGCGAUUCUUCUUGCAACCGGAUUCGAUCAAAUCCCUAAGGGGUUCAAAUUUAAGAGAUAA